AUGACAGAAUACUGGGUCUCCAAAAAACAAUACUGGUGCAAGUUUUGCAGCAUCUACAUUAGAGAUGACGCUCCUUCACGCAGACAGCAUGAGAGUGGCCUCAAGCACCAAGGUAACAAGGAGAGAUUUAUCCGAGAUCUAUAUCGGGGAGGGGAGAAGGCCAAGAAAGAGAAGGCCGAGGAAGCGAGAGAGAUGGCUCGUAUCGAAGCUGCUGCCUCUGCCGCUCAUGCCCAAGAUACAGCUUCAGGGUACUCGAAAGCCUCAUCUUCCACCCCUUCAUCAACUGCUGCCGCCGCCCCUGCGCCCAAAACCCGAGAGAAGCCUACAGACAAGUGGUCCAACUAUUCUACGGCUGCUCAACUUGGCUUUGUGGAUGAGGAGGACGCAAAGAAGACUGCGUAUGAAAUAGAGCUGGAGAUCAAGGGGCAGGCGGGAGAAGCUGGUCAGUGGGAGGAGGUGAUACUUCCGCCUCCAGCCCCCAUCGUCGAGGCUGCUGAAGUCACAAUCGGCGAGAAGAGACCGAGAGAGGAAGAUGAAGAGGGAGAAGGAUGGAAAUUCGAGCACAAGGGAAAGAAACCGGUAUUCGACCCGUAUGAUGACGAUUGGGAUCCUUCUUCCUUGAAGAGCCUGAAAGUCAAACGGAAGGAAGGUGCCUCAUCAGAAGACGCCAAAGUAGCAGCAGAAGAGACGGCAACAGAGGUGCCUCGUGUAAAAUACGAGAAGGAAGCGGCAGAGAUUGAAGAGAGGGGGCUCAAGAGAGAAGGGUGGAGUGGAAAGCUUGAAUGGAAUACGGUCAAGAAAGAGACUGGGACGUCGAAGGAGGUGAAAGAGGAGGCAGACGUCAGAGAAGAGAUUGCAAAAGCAACCCCGGAGCAAGCUGCUGUACCUGCUAGGCAGGAGACUGUGAAAUCAGAACCGGAAGUCGAGUCUUCAUCCGUGUCAGAGUCAACAGUAGCUUCCGGAGGCGGCAUGUUCAAAAAGCGACGACCACCACCAUCUAAUCGCAAGAAGUAG